AUGGAUAAAGAAGAAAGCGACGAGAACUUUGGCUUCGAUCUCGGGGAAGAAGACGACGCCUUUGGUUUUCUUUUAGACAAUGACAACGAUGAUAACACGGAAACUUACACAGUUGACAGUAAUAGUGCAUAUGACGCGUCCCAGGAAACCAUAAAACCUUGCCCUGAAGAAAACCGUAAUGAACUAAUUACCCAUAAAGCUGGGUUUGACGGUGUUGAUCAGGUAAAGGUAAAUAAAAUUUUAAAAAAGUUAGAAGAAAGCUCACGAUUUGGCCAAUUAAAGGCCAAAAAAGAUGCCGAACUACAAGAAAAGAUCGAGGAACAGCGCCGGAUCUUCGAACGCCUUCAGGCGCAAGAUUUGACCUUCGUGAAGUCACGUGUUGAACACUGUAUUAACAAAGUUGAAGAGGAUCGUGAUCUUAGCAAGUAUAUCGUUUGCGUGGAUAUGGAUGCAUAUUAUGCAUCCGUCGAAGAAAGAGAUGACCCAACCUUGGUUGACAAACCAAUGGGUGUAGGAGAUUCAGCAAUGCUAUGUACAGCAAACUACACAGCAAGAAAAUUUGGUGUGAGGAGCGGUAUGCCUGGAUAUUUCGCGAGGGCACUCUGCCCACAUAUAAAAAUUGUAAAACCAAACUUUGAAAAGUAUACGGCUGUAUCACAACAAAUUAGGACGAUUUUUGCAAGAUACGACCCAAACUUCAGUGCAAUGAGCCUUGACGAAGCAUUUCUGGAUGUAACAAAUUAUGCCCAAAGUCACAAUCAGUCUCCGGAUGAUGUGGUACAGCAGAUAAGAGACGAGAUACGCGGUGAAACGAAGCUAACUGCCAGUGCUGGUAUCGCCGCUAAUAAGUUAUUAGCAAAGGUGUGCGCGGAAGUAAAUAAACCUAAUGGCCAAUUCAGGCUUGAUAAUAAUAAAGAUAAAAUUCUUGAUUUUCUUCGCGAUCUUCCUGUAAGGAAGAUUUGUGGUGUAGGGAAAGUAUCUGCGAAGAUUCUAAACGGUGUCCUUGAUAUUCACACAUGCGGAGAUCUGUUGGAUAAACUCGUAUAUGUCAAUAUGAUGUUCUCCGAAAUUUCUUUUAAUUUUUACAUGCGAAUUUCCUUAGGUAUUGGGUCAAGUGCAAUAAAUACGAAUCAUACUCGAAAGAGUAUGAGUACUUCUAGGACCUUCACUCCUACCAAUAAAGUGAGUUCGUUUUAUAAAACUUUGCGUUAUAUUGCAGAAGAAUUGGCACGAAGACUCGAUCAGGAGAAUAUGGAAGGAAAAACGCUAUCGGUUGUCUUCAAGAAGCAAUCAUUCGUUCAGUUCACGCGGCAGAAAAUUCUCACCAGGUAUAUAAGCUCUCGGCAUGACCUGUAUAGUUAUAGUAGAGCUAUCUUAGAUAAAGAAAUUCCAAUAUCUCUCCGUCUCUUGGGUAUUCGAAUCGCGAAUAUUCGUGAUAAGGAUACGUCUAAUGUUUUUGGUGUUAGGAAAUAUUUUGCGGUUGAAGAUGUUGAUAAUAGAAAAGAUGUUAGUUUUGUCAACCAGAUCAUUGAUGAACCAUCAAUAUCAAAUCAUACAGGUAUGCCUUUAAGCUCUAUUACAAGUCCUGCUCAGGAUUCAAGUGAACCAAAAAAUGAAGGUGAGUCGAGUCAUAAUGAGCAAAGUUUGCAACAAGAAAAUAUUUAUCCAGUAUCAGGGUCUCGGGAAACAAGUCCGCCAAGAUGUAACAUUUCUCGAGCAUCAGAACUGUUACAUAAUAUUUCGCAACUUGGUGAGUUUCCCCAAUACAUGCAUCAACGAAAGAUAGAUAUUGUUGUGUGUCAAGAUAAUAGUUCACGAAAGCCAAAAGGGCAAUCUACAUCGGAAUCUCAACAUUGUCAUGUAAUACAGAAUUACAUUUCUCCUACAUGCGUGUCUCAACACAUUAAUUUGCAAGAUAUUAAUGUAUCUCCUAAGACCCAGAAUACAAAUCUGAGCAGUGAUAACUUAACAGCCGAGAUUCAAACACAAUCGCCAUCUAUUCUUGAUGACAUCGAUCCAGAUUUCGCUACAACCACGGAAUUAUUAGGUAAAACUUCAAUUCCGAAUGAUUCCGAAAAUGUUUUUAUUAAACCUGAUGAGAACUUUAUUGAGUCAAAGGUCAAGCCUAACUCAAGGAAGCGAGUAUUAAGUAAUUCUGAUGAAGAUAAGACUAGUUUAUCAACUAUUUAUGAACCAUUGACACCAAAUAACAAGAAUAAUGUUCAUGAACAGGAACAAAUUCAACCACGGACUGAAAAAGAGGCGAGCUCCUCCAAAGGAAAUGAUGAAAAUGAAAAUGAAUCGAACGUUAGGACUAAUCCAAGGAAACGGAAGUUAUGGAAUUCAGAAGAGGACGAUAAGUCUUCUGAAUUAUUGACACCAAAUAAGAAUUGUGAUUGCUGUGAUCAAGAAUCAAAUCAAUCUCAAACUCAGGUUAAUGAUAAUCAAAUACGCGUUGAGAAUACAAGUACAGCCCAUAAUAAUGCUGAAUUUCAUAAUUUCGAUCUUGCAACGUUAGACAAUGAUAACUUUGAACGGCGAAUGAGACAAUCUUGGGACUGUCCAAUAUUCAUCUAG